GGCUGUAUCGCGAGUUGAUUUACACAACUGAAGUUGCACAUAAAAUGGAAUUUUAAAAUAUUUUCUUUUCUAUUACUGUGUAUAAAUACGAGAUGGCUGCAAUAAGAGUUCAGAACUACUUAAAAAAGCAUAAAAUUGGGCCGUUAUUCGAGUCAUUAAUGGCAAGUGUCAUUCAGGACACACCAGAUGAUCCAAUUGGAUAUAUAAUUGAAAUUCUACAAGUAAUGCAUAAGAAACAGUCCAAGCAACUUGAAAGUAGUUUUAAUAAUCACAUGUCACCCAGAUCAUCUUUAAGGCAGACAAAUCAUCCACAAAGUGGGGGUAAUAAGAGAAGGUCAGAUCAUAAUUUGGCUGCAUCCUGGUCUGCUGGUGUGGAUCGACCGGAAUCUAAAAAACAGGAAAAUCAAUUGAGAACUUGGACUGGAAAUUAUUUUAAAACUAUUAAGAAUGAAACAUGGUCAGGUGAUAGACAAGAGUCUAAACCUUCGUGGAACAAUGACACUCGCGUUCCAACUAAGGACUUUGAUGAGCUGUUUCAAAUGCAGAACGAAGGUGCAGCUCAGAUCAAAUCCUCGCCAAAUCAAGAUAUAUAUCGUGGGGUUCGAAGCUGGGACGACGGCGAGAGCAGACGUUCUGAACAAAAGAUUUCAUAUGAAGCAGAUGACAAUGAUGAACUAAGCAGAGAACUUCGUUUGAAAUCGAAGCAAUCAGAUAAAAAUAUCCACCAACCUGUAUCAAUGACAUCUGGGGGUCGAUCUAUAAAAACAAGCAGACAAGCAGUUGAGAAGCACCGCAAAGAAUUGCAGGCGCUGCUGUUGGAAGAUGGUCCGGGGAAAAAGAGAAGAAGUACAAAAAAUUCCUCUCCAGAGGAACGUGGAACAGAAAUAAUGGAAAGAAUGGAAGAUUUACAGAACGAAGGAGUAAAUGAAACGCCAUCUCUCAAAGGAGCUAAACUCGAUAAAUUAAAACGGAUGGGAAAUAAAGAAGUUUCCGUCACAAUUUGUGCAAGAUGUGCCAGAAUAAUUGGUGAUAACGAUAACAGUUUGUCUGAAGCCGAGAGAGGUGAUUUUAAUUCAAGGCUGUUCGACGAUCUCAACAAAAAACAAGACCUCAAUGAUCUUGACAGUGCUUCUGAAACAAGUGGAAAUAUGGGAUUGAGGGAAAGAAAUACGUGGCCUUUGUCAGACAGUGAACAAGAACUGACACCGAGAAAUACCGUGUCUUUCAACAAGACGUUUGAUAGAUCUUUCCCAAAUGGAUCUGAAAAUGGGUUCAACAACUCUAGUGACAUCUUCGAUGAUGAUAUUCCAGUUGAAACGCAGCGAUCAUCGCGGUCAAAGACGUCGUCACGAAGUCGCAACAGUCAUUUCGACUUCACAAAAGCAGCUGGAAAUAGCGGCUGGGGCUUAGGUGGUGACGAAUCUGACAACGAGAGUAACUAUUCUGAUACUAUGCAGCCACGAUCUAAGUCACAGGUCUCUGGCAGUAUUAAAGGCCGUGCGUGGAACAGAAACUCUGGGAACAUCAGUGAUGACGACAGCACGAUGACGUGAUCUGGGCGCUUUUUGGAAUAUUGUUUUGAUGUUUUCAUCAAUAAUAAUCAUUAUGACGUAGAGUAAAUUAUUAGAGUAAAUUAAUGUUAGAUUAUAUAUUGAACGAGGUAUGACUCGUUACACUUAAUGUUUAAAUUAUUAGAGGAAAUAAAAUUAAUAGAU